UUGAACGAGAGAGAGAGAGUUUAUAGACAGUUUCCAGUAUCGUUGUCGUCGUCAUCGUAUAGAGCUCAAUCAAAGAGUAGAAAUGCAUAAAAUUGUUUGUUUCGUAUGCAGAUCUCGUUCCCUCCUUUUCUCUCCCUAAAAAAGGCCCAUCUUUCUCCUCCCCAUACAUAAUAGUUUUGUACAAGGACGAAUACCAUUACCAAGGAAGAAGAAGAAACAUAAUACAGAGGGGCAGGAAGAAGAGAGUCCAGGCGCUUCUUCUAUCACACCAUUUUCAUGGGCGUCGCAGCUUUUCCACGGCGACGCCACAAUCAUCAUCAUUAUCGCCACCGUCUUCGAUUCUUAGCUCAGGCGAUCUCAGCCAUCUCCGGCGUUAUUCUUCUUCUAAUCGCUUUCAUUUCAAUUACCACCCCUUAUCCCUCUGAAAACGAACACCUACACCAUCCUCUCCAGCGCGAAUCGUUGAAACCGGGCAUUGAAAAUUAUGGCAAUCAAACGUCUGGUGUUCCGAAAAGAAGAGGCCAAGGCCAAUUAGAUCGCCAUCUAUGGAGUUCAAAGCUUUCGAACUUAUACUAUGGUUGCAGCAAUGCAAGCACAAUGUUUCCGGAUGCUGCUGUCAUAACUCAACCAAAUCGAUACUUGUUGAUUGCAACUAGUGGAGGUCUAAAUCAACAAAGAACAGGGAUUACAGAUGGUGUUGUUGCUGCGCGGAUAUUGAAUGCUACUCUUGUUAUACCAAAGUUGGAUCAGAAAUCCUUCUGGAAGGAUGCGAGCAUCUUCUCUGAUAUCUUUAGUAUUGAAUGGUUCAUUUCAAGUUUGUCAAAAGAUGUGAAAAUAAUUAAACAGCUUCCUAGAAGGGAUGGAAAGAUUUGGACUCCAUAUACAAUGCGGGUGCCAAGGAAGUGCAGUGUUAGGUGCUAUCAAACACGAGUACUACCUAAUCUUUUGAAAAAGCAUGCUGUUCAGCUCAACAAGUUUGACUACAGACUUGCUAAUAGAUUAGACACAGAUCUACAGAAGCUUAGAUGCAGAGUUAACUAUCAUGCACUUAAAUUCACUGAUCCUAUACUUGAAAUGGGUAAAUAUUUGGUCCAUCAAAUGAAGAUGAGAAGUAAACAUUUUAUUGCUCUCCAUCUAAGGUUUGAACCUGAUAUGCUUGCAUUCUCAGGAUGUUAUUACGGCGGAGGAGACAAGGAAAGACAGGAACUUGGAGCAAUAAGAAAGAGAUGGAAGACUUUACAUAUGAGCAACCCAGAUAAAGGGAGGAAGCAAGGAAGAUGCCCGCUUACUCCUGAAGAAGUAGGUGUGAUGUUGAGUGCACUAGGAUAUGGGAAAGAUGUUCAUAUUUAUGUAGCAUCAGGUGAAGUUUACGGAGGGGAGGAGACUUUGGCCCCCCUAAAAGCUCUCUUUCCCAACUUUCAUUCAAAAGAUACCAUAGCUAGCAAGGAAGAACUUGACAAAUUCUCAGGAUUCUCUUCUCGCUUGGCUGCACUAGAUUUUAUAGUCUGUGAUGAAAGUGACGUAUUUGUUACCAAUAAUAAUGGUAACAUGGCAAAAAUCCUUGCCGGGCGAAGGAGAUAUUAUGGGCACAAGCCUACAAUUCGUCCAAAUGCAAAGAAACUAUAUCGAUUGUUCUUAAAUAGAGGCAACAUGACAUGGGAAGAAUUUACAUCUGGUGUUCGUAAACGCCAAAGAGGGUUCAUGGGGGAGCCGCGUGAGGUGAGGCCAGGUAGGGGUGAAUUUCACGAGAACCCAGCUACAUGUAUAUGCGAAGUUUCUGAAAGCAAUGAAGAAAUAGAAUCUGGUUCGAGAAAAGUAGGAAAAAUAAAUUCAGUAACAAGAAAAGAAGAUGAAGAAGUCAAAACAGUUGUAGAUGAUCAGAACGAUACUGAAGAGCCAGAGUUGUCAGAUCAUGAUGAUGACGAUGAUGAGCAGCACCAGGGCGACUUUUUACAAGAUACAGAUAGAUUAUUAAUCAACAACACAAAUUUGGACUAUGAUGGUUCUGCAUCUGAUGAACCUGAGUUGGAAACAAUGCUCUCUGAUUAAGUGAAAAAGAAUAAGUCCCUCAUUCGUUCAAGAUUUGGGUAGCUCGAGUGGUAAGAGUCUCGAACCAAGGUCGAGAUAUUAAGUUCGAUCCCUAAUGAAAACACAACAUGAUUGAAGGUGGGGUCAUUUUCUUAAUUCACUUCAAUGGCUCUUCAGUUCAUUUGGAAUUGAUGCUAUUUGUCCAAUGACAAUCAUGCCAUUUGCCUUGAAUUAAUUUUGCAGAUAAAGUCAGGAUGAUGGAUGGGGAUAGGGGCAGUUUUUGGGUUUAAUAAGACAUCUUGCUAGCACAUACAUUAGCUUUUAGUGAUGAGAUAGAUAGAUAUGUAAAUUUCUUAGAGAGGAUGAUGUAAAGAUGUAUUAAUAAUUCAAAAACCUUAUUUGGAGUCUUAUUAUAU